GCGUGCUUUACACCAGACAACUUAACCAGCUGCGAACACCGUAUGGAUCAUGGAGACGACCGCCGUUACAGGACUUGCACUUCUUUCGCCUAACUUGAAGGUAUAAGCAGUACUUCAUUAUCAGAGCAUACAACGAGCAAAUGGUCACGGAAAUGGAGCUAUAAUGUCAUCUACACGGUCAGCCACUCGUCGAAGCAGCGGAGUUUCCUGUCGCCAGACCGGGAAAAUACUCCGAACUUAGCAGGCGGUUUAGCAGACAGACAGAGGAAACACCAUGUCCACCAGCACCAUGACUCAACCCCCCAGGCAGGAGAGGAAGGGCAGCUUCUUCAAGUUGAUUGAUUCGUUUGCCUGUGAAAUCGUCACACUGAAGAAGGAAAUGGGGAAAAAGAAAGCAUCUGAAGAAGAUCACAUGACUGAUCCACUCCUUCGACUGGGCGAAGAGGUGGGCGGUCUCUUCUACCAGGCGUCCCCUUGCACUGGGAUCGGACCGGGGCUGGUCGGAGCCAGAGACUCAGGCUACGACUCCCUCCGUCGGCGGCUCAGUGUUCUGGACCGACUGGUGCAGACCCACGGCGUGUGGCUGCAGCUCGGCUUCAGCCACCAGGACGCCAUGCGUGUGCUGCAGAGCCAACCCGACGGGACAUUCGUGGUGAGGAAGUCAACCAGCCUGCAAAGGAAAGUCAUAUCUGUACGCAUGAACAAAGACUCUGCAGUUCCCGUCAAGGACUUCCCUGUGAAGGAGAGCCAGUACACUUUCUCUCUGGUGGGAUCUGGCCUGAGCUUUGCAGACCUCUUCCGCCUGGUGGCUUUCUGCUGCAUCAGCAGGGAUGUGUUGCCUUUCACUCUGAAGCUUCCAGAGGCCAUCGCCUCAGCCACAACAUCUGCCGAUCUGGAGGAGGUUGCUAAACUUGGUGCAGGCUUCUGGGAUGCUCUGGGUGGCCACAGAAGGAAGGACUCAGUCCUCUCUUCAGGAAUAUCUGCUCCCGAAAGACCACCUCCCCCCGUCUGUUUGACCAACUCCCCCAGACCUCCGCGGCUUAAAACUCGCACCCCAUCGGAGGUCGAGAGUUGCCAGUCAAACGGAGCCCUCUGCUUCAUCAACCCCCUCUUCAUAAAGGUUCACCAACCGGAUGGCGACCACAGCUCCGCCUCAGCAACAGCAAAGCUAAGCCUAAGUGGGCAGCUCGUUAGCGACGGCCUGGAGCCUGAUAACGGGGAAACUCAACACGUUUGCGGAGACGGUGCUCAGGUUUCCUGCUCGGAUCCAAGGCACAGCAGCCAGUUGGGCCACAGCGAACUUCAGAGCCUUGACGUAAAGUCGGAGCUACCGGGAGUCAACAGCCGAACCAGCAGUCACAAGAUAAGUGCUACAGACAGAGGGCAGCGGUUGCCCCCCCCACGUCCACCCCCACCGCGCUUGGCCGCUCCUCUCCGACAGCGCAGUAUGCCAGAGAAGAUCCCCUGGAUCAAUGUCCCCAAGGAGAAAGUGGAGGAGAAGGGGAGCCUCCUUUCUCGCCUCAGCUCCUCGCUGAGCAUCAGCCCUUCAUCCUCCCCACCCAAGAAACACAAUAUCAGCUCACCCAUAUCCAUCCCAUGGCCCUCUCUGCCAAUCUCUCUGUCGUCCCUCUCCUCCUCUCCACGCCGGCUCAAUGCCUCGCCGUCAUCCAGCCAGGAGGAUGCGCAGUGUCACUUAGCAUUGGAGGAGCAGACUAUUGAGAGGGCUCUCUUGAUGGCCCGGCUGUCUCACUGUAAUGCCACCAGGACCCCGGCCCAGGAAUCCAGCAGUCCUUCAGAGUCCGCUACGAUGACAACAAGCAAGCAGGCAGAUGGGACAGGAGAACAUGAAGAGGGAACAGCCGAGGAAUGUAGCGGUGGCAGCCAGCGGCUGAGUGACAUGAGCCUCUCCACGGAUUCCUCAGACUCUCUGGAUUUCUCGCAGCCCUCUGCCUUCUUCCUCCCCGCUUUGCAUGACCCCAGUCCCCCCACGGAGGCCGACUUUAACACCCACCUCCCCCUCUCCCUGCCACCAACCCACCAGCCCUGCUGCAGCACAGAGGAGGACGAGGGCGACGAUGAAGAGGAGCCUGACUACGGUGUCGAGAGUGACCAUGACCAGGACCUGACUAUGGUUCCGCCAGGACACCGCAUGAAGCGGUGCCCUAGCGCCGGUGCUUUGAUCCUGCAAAGAGCGCUGCGAGGGCACCUGCGCAAGAUGAGCGGUGUUUUCAACUCUCUACUGACUCCUGAGAAGAGGGCUGUCCGCCGAGUUUUGGAGCUGUCCAGGGACAAAGGCUCAUACUUUGGCUGCCUGGUGCAGGACUACCUGAGCUACAUGGGAGAGGGGGCGGGUACCCAGGCCUGGCAGGGCUACGCCUCCGGACUGGAACUGCUGCAGACCCUCCGCCAGUUUAUCACUCAGAUGAAGAGCUACCUGAGACAGAGCUCGGAACUGGAGCCACCAAUUGAGAGCCUCAUUCCAGAAGACCAGAUCGACGGCGUCCUGGAGAAGGCCAUGCACAAGAUCAUCCUGAAGACUCUGAAGCCGGUGGUGAGCGCUGCCCUGCAAGAGUUCCAGGUGCGCAGCGGGGAGUGGCGGGAGCUGAAGGAGAACCUGUCUCUGGCCAAGGCCCGGCAGCCACAGGAGAUGGGCGUGGCCGAUGCGCUGCCCCCGGACCCUGCGGCCAUAGAGAAGAUCAAGCACAAGUUCCACACCAUGAGUAAACUGUACUCGCCCGAGAAGAAGGUCACCAUGCUGCUGAGGGUCUGCAAGCUCAUCUACACCAUCAUGGAGGACAACUCAGGACGUCUGUACGGUGCGGAUGACUUCCUACCAAUGCUAACCUACGUGUUGGCCCAGUGCGACAUGCCUCAGCUGGACAACGAGAUUCUAUACAUGAUGGAGCUGCUGGACCCCUCUAUGCUCCAUGGAGAAGGUGGCUACUACCUGACCAGCGCUUAUGGAGCCAUGUCACUGAUUCGAAACUUCCAGGAAGAGCAGGCGGCCAGAGUGCUGAGCUCGGAAACCAGGGACACGCUCCACCAGUGGCACCGCCGACGCACAACCCAGCGCUCUGCACCGUCCAUCGACGACUUCCAGAACUACCUGCGGGUGGCACUGCAAGAGCUGGACACAGGCUGCACUGCCAAGACCCUGCAGGUCCGACCGUACGCCUCCGUGGAGGAGGUGUGUCGUCUGUGCGCCCAGAAGCUCAAGUUGCCCGACCCGGAGAACUAUGGCCUGUUCCUGCUGAUGGAGGGCAGCAGCCAGCAGCUGGCUGCUGACACCCACCCUCAGAAGAUCAAGGCUGAGCUCCACAGUCGCUCGCAGUCGACCCCCUUCCACUUUGUCUUCCGCCGCGUCGCCCACAGCAACGCCUCGUUGUCAGCUCCGCCAGAGCUCAUGGCCAACCUCAACGACCUCACUAUGACCUCCAGUCCCCAGGCCAACCUGAAUGACCUCGGGAUGGACCUGCCGCCCCCCUCCACCCUGCUUAACUCGGGCCUCAGUCCCAGUCUGGGCCUUAGCCUGCCGCCCAGCCACCUCAAUGAAAACUCCAUAUCUGUAUGACUGUAGUCUGUCUCCUCAACAAACAUGUUUCCACGGGAAGGAAAAUGGCCAAACUUUGCAUUGUACCAGUCUUUACAAAGCCGGACUUCUCCUUUUUGGAGGACAACAUCCUCUCGCCGGAAAGUUCUGUCAGUCAGACACGGGUGAAAGAGGAAAAUGAGAAAGGAGAGAAGGAAAUGUGAUAGACGCCUUUUUCUCUUUUACUCCCAUGACUCUAUUUCGUCAAUGGAGUAACACUUUGCUGAGCACAGCUGUGAAGUGUGAACAGAGACGGAGUAGACAUAAGGCUGAUGCUUAUAGUGCAGAUUCAGGGUCAGCUGUGCUUGGGGUUACUUUAGGAUACAUGUGAGACUAAUCACUGAUCAAUCAUUUUUAUCUAACAAAUCAUUUAUUUAGGUUAAAGGUGGUAUUAUCAUUUGCUUAUAAAGUUGCUGGUCAACUAUGUUAUUGUGUCUUCAUCCUUUGGAUUGUUUAUAUGUUUUAAAGGGACUCUGGCAACACCCAGUGGUGACUGGUGCACAUUGCAACUGGAUGUUGGAAUUAAUUCAUCCAUAGAGCAAGACAACGACUUCAGCUCCACAGCUAUAUCUUAAAGAAUAUAUAGACACUAUGUGCUUUAGCAAGGAUAAAACAUUUUUAAAUUUUAGAUUUUUUAAAUCAAUGCCAUGGCUACUGCAUUGAGCUCACUGAUGAAUGUUAAAAAGGUGCAAUGUGUACGACCAGGCCACAUAAGGACAUAGGAGACAGACAGCUCUUUAGCCCUAAAUUGACUGUCAUCAGUUAUUAAUAAACUACUUCUAUUGUUGGAGUGCCAAAUCUAACAAUUGUUUUCAUCCAAACAACUGCCAAGUGUUUUAACUUUUGAAAAUGCAUGCACAAACUAUCAGAAUCUACACAGAAUGCAUGUCUACCUGGAUGAGCCUUUCACUCAGGUUCACAGGAGCGGAUGGACUGGGCCGAACUGCUUAGAAAGUGUUUGUCCAAGUGUUCGUUACCUUUAAACGUUUCAAACUAAAAUUGUGGCCAUUUCCUAUAGACCUUGUACCUUUUUUAAAGUAUGAACAAUUGUUUACUUAUAAGUAGCUGGUUGUUGGAAGCAGACCAGAGGCGGUGUACCUCGGGGAAACUAGCCCCCUUCUACUCCUCAAAGAAAAACAACUGCACAAAUACUUCCACAACAAACCAUUAGGCAUUAAAAGAGAACCGAUUCAGCAUUGCACUACUAUAGCGUUGUUCCACUCAAAAACAAGGAUAAAAAAAGGAUCAACAUGGAUUCAGAAGAACCAGAGAUAGUGUAUUUUUAAUUGCACACAUCUUUAUGGAAAUGCCUAAAUCACAUACAAUGCAAACGCUCCAUAAUAUCAAAGACCUUGGGUGCCAGGGUAAAAACACAAAACGGUUUGCAUUAUUUCUUUUUAAAUGUAUAUACAUUGUAUACUUCUGGGAAUAUCAGAGCCAAAUGGGGCCUGCUUUCCUGUUGACUUGACUUUGGAUAUUCCCGGUGGCUUCUCCACUCUGCUUUGGAUCUGCAGCAUUUUCUAGGCAUGAAGUUGCAUAUCUGCGGCUCAAUCCCAACGGUAUGAGAAAAAAAAAGUAAUAAUAUAUAACAUGGCAUUUUUCUAUGAUAAGAAUUAACUUUUUAAGUUGUGUGCUGGCGUUUUAUGCAUCUAAUGAUUAUCCUGGUGAUAUCAAAGAUACUGUUAUCAAACCUGAUGCAUCUUUUCUAUUCAGAUUGACGACAUGUGACUGCUGCGUACUACACUGUACUACUGACAAUUGUUAUGGUUUGUAUCUUGGUAAGGAAAAAAAAAUGUAGUCAGUUACUAAAUCGAUGUGUGGACUUUAAAGCUGGUCUUGUCGCACACAACAGCGCUGUGUGGUACUUGUAGAUAUUUGGAAAGACAAAGGUGUGGGGGAUAGAGGGUGCAGGAAGAGAAAGGUUACUACAUCAGUAUUCAGUUUGGUACUGUCAGUCAAAUUUAAAACAAACAAAAUUGAAAUUCUUUUUAAUUUAAAGCUUCCAGUAUUUGAUAAAUCAAAUUCAUAUGCUGUUUCUUUCGUGUUUGUUUAGAGCUGUCAUAGUAGCAUUAGCAUUGUGUAUCGAAGCUCCCACGUAUGGCCAUGUUGUCCAGGAUCUAACUGGAUUCAUAUUUAAGUCUCUGAGGGGAUUUUUCACAGAUGGCUUUUAUGUUUAUUCUGUAACAUGUUUUAUGAUGUCCUAAUGUCUUCUGCAUCCAGGGACAUAUUCCUGUUUACCAUUUGACCUUGAGAGAUCUCAAACAUACUUUGCACUUAAUAAAUGGAACUAGAUAAAUGGAACUG